GAAGUUUAGCAACAUGGCUGUUCAAUGCUGGUCGGAUCUCCUGAAGGCUGCUAAGAAAACGGCGUUGAUCUCAGAUGGAAAAAGGAAAGUGCACUACUUGUUUACAGAUGGUACAGAGAUGGCUGAAGAAUAUGACUUGAAGACAGAUGAGCUUCUUUCCCGUAGGAUGCGUUCUAAGACUAAACUUGGAGGACAAGGGGCAUGGCAGGUGGAAGUGGGCGAAACAGUCCCGAACUUCACAGAGACGGGAGAAAUAAAAGAAAACAGCUCUAAUCCAGUGUUUUUGCGCAAGGACACCAAGGCCAGUUUCCAGUGGAGGGUCCGCAACAUCCCGUACCCCAUAGACACUUAUAAGGUCACAGUAGAACCUCUGGAACGUUGCUGUAUCAUCCGGACCACGAACAAAAAGUACUAUAAGAAGUUCAAUCUCCCAGAUAUUGACCGUUGCCAGCUGCCUCUAGAGAGCUCAGCCUUGAGCUUCAGCCAUGGCAACAACACUUUAAUCAUAAGCUAUAAGAAGCCCAAAGAGAUUUUAGCCCUGGAACAGGAGCUGAUGAGGGAACUGAAGAAACUGAAGGGGACAAAUGAAGGAGACGUGGACUGUAAAACCCAGUGAACUGGUGUGGACUCUUUGUAGUGUUAUGUGCAUCUGUCUUUUUUUUUUUUUCUUCCUUACGGAUUCAUGCUUCAUUUUGUACAAUGUGCAGAAAGUAUAAUAUCACCUGGAUGUAUAUAGAUGUUUUGGUUAUUUCUAAAGUUCAGUUAUUUUGAAGUGUAUGCGAAUUUCAUCAAUAAAGUACAGGAUGUAUA